GUUGCGUGAUAAUUUGUGGAACUACAUGGUGUAGUUCUUCCGUACCUUUCUGAUCAUGUCACAUCAUCACAACUGUCGUGGCACUGUUCCUCUUGUUUGCUGAGCGAGGUGGGAGCUUCCGCAUUGGGCACGACACUGGCUAAAUGGCUUGACUGGUGCGUCCUUGUGUCGAGGCUGUGAUGAAGAUCCUCUUAUGGUGUCUCUAAUUCCCCCGAUCUGGCCGUAGGGAGCAGAAGAAAACGAAGCGGAAUCUCGUUGCAACCAGAGUAAUUUUUGAAAGUUGUCUACUUCAAGAAGAAACCACGUAGAAGCUGUACCAUGCGAACCUCGAAGUCCGUGCCUCCGCGUCGCUGGAAGCAGAACGGCGGUGGUACAGCUUCUUCCGCAGUUCCGGCAGGUGGCGGUACUUUGUCAACUCUAGGAACAAAUUCCUCGCAGCACAGCACCCGUGCGAAGACGAAUGCGAAUAAUCCGGACCAGGAGCUACUACCGGCGUCGAGCACUACUACAUCAAUUACGACACCAAUAAAUCAUGGCACAUCAACCCAAGUGAACAACGUUUGUACCACCGGACAGCUUCCCAGCACUUCUUCUCCCCCACAACUUUCGGCAACCAAUUCAAGGUCCUCAGCGAGCAGUGCCCGAACUGCGAACAAGGUUACCGGCUCAAAAUCCGCAAGCUCGAGGACCUCUUCGGCGAGCGCACUGGGCAGCGCAGCAGGAACGGCAAGCGGCGCCCCCAAAAUCGCGGCUGCAGGUAGUGGCGCAGCUUCUAAAAAUGUCGGUGGUGCGACGUCAGAGAGUGGCACCUCAAAAAUCAUGAGCGAGAACAAGAGUUCCAAAUCUGCAGCGUAUGUUGCGGACAAAAGGCUCAAAAUCUAUCAAGGUAUUUACUUCAUUUUUUGCACGUCGUGCGUCGGUUUCGGUCAUGCACAUAUCCAUAUCCGGUCCUGCAUUUUCUUUUACUCUUUCUAGUACGCCGACGCAGCCCAGGCGAUGACGCAGCCCAAUCUCAUGCACUAACUCCAGCAAAAAGUCCUUACAAAACUAUACCCCAGACCUCUUCGACGAAGUGAUAACUCGGGACACGGCCUUUGGCCCCUUGCUGACCAAAAUAAAGGACGCGUACGAGGGGUUACUGUUGCAGCACCAAACUGUGCAGUCAGCUUCCGCCAGCCCAGCAACGGAACAUUAUGGAAGUAGUACGCAGGAGUUCUUGGGUCAAGCGACGACGAAGAUGUCUUCAACACCAUCUUCUUCCACCUCGGGGUUGUCUUCCUCGGUGAACAAACACAAGAAGCCGAACAGCACCAGAAGCAGGCAGGAACAACAUCAGACGAAGAGAUCGAAGGAGCAGCUCGACAGAGAAACGGCAGAAAUCGAGAAGAAGUGCGAGUUUCUGAAGGAAAAGAUCAAGCAGACCUACGAGCAGCGGCGGAUGCUGGACUUGCAAAUUGCGGUGGCCAGUGAACAAAUAGUGACGGCGGCGAACAAUAAUGCAGCAGUAGUGGCCACGACCACGAGUACAACUACGGAGAGCACUUCUUGCGCUCCUGCGAAAACGAGUGUAGUCGGCGGUGCUCCUCCAGUCGUGCCGCAGAGUGCAGCCCAGAAUCAGCAGCCGCAGGUGGUAGCUGCGAAUUAGGAUUCUAUUUCGACAGUAUCGUAUGUAGUUUUUGCUGUUGCAAGUUUUUCGCUAGUGAUGUCGCAUAGCUGCUGGUAGAGAUUUCGCGAAGCUGAGCCAGGAGCUCGGAGCUGAUUACUGAAACAAAAAACGUGGAAAGAUAUAAUUGAGUUAGCGCCGAAAACAAUGAAGUGCUGG